AUGAAGAACCCUUUCCAGGUGCAACAUCACAUUCAUUAUGUCAUCCCGUACGAUGGAGACCAGUCAGUGGUUGAUUCUUCCGAGAACUACUUUGUGACCGACAACGUCACCAAGCAAGAAAUUGAUCUGAUGCUGGGACUCUUGCUGGGAUUCUGUAUAAGCUGGUUUCUUGUGUGGAUGGAUGGAUUGCUCCAUUACGCUGUACGAGCAUGGCGGACGAGCCGACGAUAUGACAAUUCAUGGUCUUGGUUUCCCAAAUUUUGUAAUUUCAAAGAGUUCCGGAAACGCCACCACAGCCAGUAUGAUGAAGCUGCGGGAAACAUGGUGCACAUCAAACAGAAAUUGUAUCAUAAUGGGCACCCAAGCCCAAGACACCUUUAAGGAAACCUGGGACUGAUCAGUGGUCUAUUGAACAUGCCUUUUGCUGUCUACCAAGGGGAGUUGUCCAGCUGCUUACUCCCUGGUGGACACCACUUAAAGACUCCCCCUUAGUUCCACCAACGGUGUGUCUGCAGAAUUCUCUGCGCACAGAGAAUGCACAAUUCCCCCUGUCCUGGAUCCAAGGCUCACAAGACAUUGCACUGUG